AGCAUUGAGAGAGUCAAAUGAUCAUAAGCAGAACCAUGGCGAGGAGUUCACUCAUCCUCCUGCUUUUCGGACUGGCAGCAGUGCUAGCUUUUCCCCCCCAGGGGAAGGACGACAGACGGCCAUCUUGGUGGCCCGCACAGCUACCAUGGCCCCCGAGCCAUCCUGAAUCGAUCCCCUGGCCCCCAACACACCCGGAAUCGAUCCCGUGGCCCCCAACCCAUCCUGAAUCGAUCCCGUGGCCCCCAAGCCACCCGGAAUCGAUCCCCUGGCCCCCACAGAAGCCUUCCUGGUGGCCCGAGAACAUUCCCUGGCCUACUGCUGCGCAAGUUGCUGAAGCCAAGUUCACUGACAAGCGGCCUUCCUGGUUGCCAGAGAACGUCCCUUGGCCCCUACAGAAGCCUGAGAAGCCUGAGAGACCCUCAUGGUGGCCCGCAAGCAUCCCCUGGCCCUCUAACGCUGAAGCCACUUCUGAUAGCAAGAUAUCGCAUCCCGAAAGGAUUCCGUGGCCCCCAACAGAAUGGUUCCCCGAAGAUGCUCCCUGGUGGUGGCCCAGUGACUUUGAAUGGCCCCCGGCGCAACCUGAAUGGAUCCCAUGGCCCCCACAGAUCCCAGAAUGGAUUCCUUGGCCCCCAAGUCACCCCGAAUGGAUCCCCUGGCCCCCGCAAAUCCCUGAAUGGAUCCCCUGGCCGCCACAGAUCCCUGAGAUCCCCUGGCCACCACAGAUCCCUGAGUGGAUCCCAUGGCCCCCAACCCACCCUGAAGGCAUCCCAUGGCCCCCAACGAUCCCCAGUUUGCCGUACAACCCCAUACGUGACAACCAGUUUCAUCUGUUCACCAGGGCUAAUCCCCAAAUGAGCCAGCCUCUUGUCUACCAGAACGCCAACCUUCUGGCAUCUACCAACUACGACGCUUCCCGCCCCACCAAAGUCCUGGUCCACGACAUCGCUGGCGCAGCUACUUCUCAGUUCAACGCUAUCCUUGUGCCUGCCAUCCUCGCCGCUGCUGAUGUCAACAUCAUUGUGGUUGACUGGAGCAGAGGUGCCAACGAAUCGUCAGUUCUCUCCACCGCUUACUCUGCGGCCUCUGGUGUCUUCAACUCCAGAUUCAUCUCCUGGCUGUCGACCCAAAGUCGAGGUGAUCUGGCCAACUUCCACCUCAUCGGAGUCGGUCUUGGUGCUCUAAACGUUGGUUUCAUCGGUCGUCUCUUGGACCGUAAAGUUGGAUACAUCACCGCUCUGGACCCAUCCCAAGGACCAUCCAUCACCAGCAUCCUACCCCCCUUGAACCCAAAAGUGGCGCAGUACACCGAGGUCAUUCACACCGAUGCCGGCCAGUCUAGCUACACCCAACCCUUGGGGGAUGCCGACUUCUACCCUAACGGGGGUAGUAACAUGCCUGGAUGUGCUGGGGACAGCGCAUGCAACCGCCUCAGGGCUGUCUACUACUUCGCCGAGUCUGUCCGGACUGGAGGCUUCACUGGUGUCCAGUGCAGCAACUUCCAAGAGGCUCUGGAAGGCAACUGUGAAGGACCUGAAACCCUCAACAUGGGUGGACUGAAUCCUAAGACUGGAUCCUCGGGAGUGUAUCACCUGACUACCAACGCCGCCUCUCCCUUCUCCCAGGGUUAAGAUCCAUGGUUAUUUAUAAAAUUAUUUAAUAAAUUAUACGACGUAAACGUGGGAGCAAAUAAAUAUACCUAUUUGAAAUUAAA